UGGCAUACAUGGCAAUGUAGCCUAUUCUCUGUUUCAAGGCAAUGGAGUAUCUCAACCAUUUGUAAUAGAUGAAGCCACAGGAGAAAUUCGUCUUAAAGGGGCAUUGGAUUUUGAGACAACUCCAUAUUAUAACAUGGAAAUUGUAGCCAGAGACAGUGGAGGUCUUUCAGGAAAAUGCACUGUAGCUAUACAGGUGUUGGAUGUGAACGACAAUGCCCCUAAACUCACCAUAUCUUCUCUCACUAAUUCCAUCCCAGAAAAUGCUCCUGAGGCUGUAGUUGCUGUUUUCAGUGUCUCUGACCCAGAUUCUGGGGAAAAUGGAAGGAUGGUUUGUUCUAUUCAGAAUGAACUUCCAUUUCUUUUAAAACCCACAUUCAAGAACUUUUACACCUUAGUGACGGAGAGACCUCUGGACAGAGAGAGCAGAGCUGAGUACAAUAUCACCAUCACUGUCUCCGAUCUGGGCACACCCAAGCUCACAAUCCAGCACACCAUAACAGUGCAGGUGUCUGACAUCAACGAUAAUGCUCCCGCCUUCACCCAAACCUCCUACACCCUGUUUGUUCACGAGAAUAACAGCCCUGCCCUGCACAUAGGCACCAUCAGCGCCACAGACCCAGACUCUGGCUCCAAUGGCCUUAUUAUCUAUUCGCUGCUGCCGCCCCACGACCCACAGCUGCCCCUCGCCUCGCUCAUCUCCAUCAACUCAGACAAUGGUCAACUGUUUGCACUCAGGGCACUGGACUAUGAGACCCUGCAGACCUUCGAGUUCCAUGUGAGCGCCACAGACCGAGGCUCACCCGCGCUCAGCAGCCAGGCUCUGGUGCACGUGGUGGUGAUGGAUGACAAUGACAACGCGCCCUUCGUGCUCUACCCAAUGCAGAACGCCUCAGCACCCUGCACCGAACUACUGCCCAGAGCGGCAGAGCCCGGAUACCUGGUUACCAAGGUGGUGGCAGUGGACUCUGACUCUGGUCAGAAUGCCUGGCUGUCGUUCCAGUUGCUGAAGGCCACUGAACCCGGGCUGUUCAGCGUGUGGGCGCACAAUGGCGAGGUGCGCACCACCAGGCUGCUGAGCGAGCGCGAUGUGCCCAAGCACAGGCUGGUGCUGGUAGUCAAGGACAAUGGAGAGCCUCCGCGCUCUGUCAGUGUCAUGUUGCAUGUGCUGCUGGUGGAUGGCUUUUCCCAGCCCUACCUACCUCUGCCAGAGGUGGCGCUCAACCCCACACAGCAAGAAGACAUGCUCACACUUUAUCUGGUUAUUGCUUUGGCUUCUGUGUCUUCACUUUUCUUCUUGUCUGUGCUGCUGUUUGUGGGGGUGAGGUUGUGCAAGAAGGCAAGGGAGGCUUCUCUGGGUGAUUGCUCUAUUCCUGAGGGACACUUUCCUGGCCACCUGGUGGACGUCAGCGGUACGGGGACCCUGUCCCAGAGCUACCAUUAUGACGUCUGUCUGGCUGAGGACUUUGGGACCUCAGAUUUCAAGUUCAUGAACCCCAUUAUUCCCACUAGUCUCCUUCAGGACUCCUAGCUAAACCUCAGUGUCAGGAAGACCUACGAUUCUAUAAGUGAAUCAAAAUGAGUGUCUUGGUUAUUAUUUUUCUUUUGCAUUCUAUAAUUUUUCCUUGAGACAAUAUAUUUCUAUGCUG